AUGGUUGUUCUGGAUGUUUUACUUUUGUUUUUCAUUGGAACUUCAAAGAUACAGGCUGAUUUUUCCAAUACUAUUGCUGGAACAACAUACAAUGUUACAGUUUCUGCAGUUUCUUCGUCAGUCUAUAGUUCACCUGCAAGUAGAACUGUGACAACAAAUGUGACAAAUCCUGGGCCACCUGUGUUCCUUGCAGGUGAAAGAGUGGGUUCUGCUGGGAUUCUGCUGUCAUGGAACACCCCACUCUAUCCAAAUGGGAGAAUUCUAUCCUAUAUUGUUAAAUAUAAAGAAGUCUGCCCAUGGAUGCAAACAGCUUAUACACAGGUCACAACAAAGCCAGAUAGUUUGGAAGUUCUUCUCACCAGUCUUAACCCUGGAACAACUUAUGAAAUUAUGGUUGCUGCUGAGAACAGUGCUGGUAUUGGAGUGUUUAGCGAUCCUUUCCUUUUCCAGACUGCAGAAAGUGCUCCAGGUAAAGUAGUGAAUCUCACAGUUGAAGCCUUAAAUUCUUCAGCUGUAAAUCUGAUCUGGUUUCUCCCUCGGCAACCAAAUGGAAAGAUAACUAGUUUCAAGAUUAGUGUGAAACACGCAAGAAGUGGAAUUGUAGUGAAAGAUGUCCUGGUUAAAGUAGAGGACCUUCUGUCUGGGAGGUUACCAGAAUGCAAUGAUAAGAGUGAAUCUUUUUUGUGGAGUACCACCACUCCUUCAACUACUUUUGGGAAAUCCACAAGUCUUUCACUGACAACAGUGACACCAAGUACAGAGGCAGCAAGCCAGAAGAGCUCUGUUUGGAGUGAACCCAUCAGCUUUGUUGUAAGUAACCUCAGGCCAUACACCACCUAUCUUUUUGAAGUCUCUGCAGUUACCACUGAAGCAGGCUACAUUGACAGUGCAAUUGUCCGGACACCAGAAUCAGUUCCAGAAGACCCACCACAGAAUUUUGCCAAGAGCAACCUUACAGCAAAAUCUUUCUCAGUAAUGUGGGACCCACCAACCAUAGUAACAGGGAAAUUCAGUUACAGAGUUGAGCUGUAUGGACCAUCGGGUCACGUUCUGGAUAACAGCACAAAAGACCUUAAGUUUGUGUUUAGUAACCUGGUUCCCUUUACAACAUACGACGUGUACGUCAGUGCUGAGACAAGCGCCGGGGUGGGGCCAAAGACCAACCUCACAGUUUUCACUCCUGCAGAUGUCCCAGGUGCUGUAUCAGAUUUACAACUAGCAGAAGUGGAAGCCACAUAUAUAAAAAUUACUUGGAGGAAGCCACAACAACCAAAUGGAAUCAUUACCCAGUACAGAGUUAAAGUAUAUGCACAGGCAACACUCACCACUCUGGAGAACACUAUUCUUGGAGACAAAAAUAAGUAUCUGAUUGAUUCUUUGGAACCAUACACAAUAAAUGAAAAUAUCAAACCUUCUUCUCCCCCUUGGAAUUCAAUGGAAGCAGACAAUGAUUUAUAUGAGGGUUCAGCUGAAAUGUUUUCCAGCAUUCAGACAGCUUCCCCAGUACCAGUAAUAUUUACAAGUGUAUCUGGUGAUAAUUUGCCUGAUAUAAAUGGAGCUACAGAACUACGUUCUGCUUUGGAUAAUCAACAUAACAUCGACAUUUUGGCUGAAGAACUGUCAUAUGUUAUAAAGGGCCUCACACCUUUCACAGAUUACACAAUUAGUGUGUCUGCUUUCACUCCUGUUGGAGAAGGACCACCAUCAGUUCUUACAGUCAGGACAAGUGAACAAGUCCCAAGCUCAGUACAAAAUAUAUUUUACAAGAAUAUUAGCUCCUCCUCUGUUUUACUGUACUGGGAUCCUCCAGCAAAUCCUAAUGGGAAAAUCAUUCAUUAUACUGUUUAUGCAACGGAACUGGAUACAAAAAGAGCAUUUCAUGAAACAACUUCAAACAACAGCUUACUUAUGACAGGUUUAAAAAAGUACACAAAUUAUAAAAUGAGAGUGGCAGCCUCUACUGCAGUUGGAGAAAGUGCUUUGUCUGAAGAGAAUGAGGUGUUUGUGCGAACCCCUGAGGACGAACCAGAUUCCCCUCCUCACAACUUUGAAUUAAUAAAUGUAACUGCAACAGAAAUAAAUCUGAGAUGGUUACCACCUGAGCAGCCUAAUGGUCUCAUAACUCACUAUGAAGUUCUGUACAGUGAUUCCAACGAUUUUUUUAUUAAAAAUACCUCAUCUACAAGUAUAUCACUAAUUGAAAUGAAGCCAUAUACUCUCUACAACAUCUCAGUAAGAGCAUUCACCAGACUUGGCCAUGGGAAUCAGUCAUCUUUUCCACUUCUGGUCAGAACUUCUGAAACUGUUCCUGCUUCUGCACCAGAAAACGUAACCUAUAGGAACAUCUCAUCCUUGGAAAUUGAAUUAUCAUUUUUUCCACCAUCCAUUCCCAAUGGAAUCAUACAGACCUACACAAUAUAUCUCAUGAGGACUAACAGGACUGAGCAAAGAGUUAUAAACACUACCCUUCGGACACUACGUAUUACAGAUUUAAGUAAAUAUACAGAAUAUACUGCAGAAGUGUCUGCUAGUACCGCAGUGGGAGAGGGUGUUCGUAGUUCACCUCUGCAUGUACUAACUGAUGAAGAUGCUCCAAGUUCUCCUCCACAAGCCCUCUCUGUAAAACAGUUGUUGGGUGUCACUGUGCAGUUGUCAUGGAAACCUCCGCUGGAGCCAAAUGGAAUUAUCCUCUAUUACACAGUUUGUGUCUGGAAUAAAAUGUCAAAGAGGAGUGUAAAUGUAACAGAAACAUCACUGGAAUUCACAGACCUAGAAUAUAACUCUGAGUAUAGUGCUUACCUAACAGCAAGUACAAGAUUUGGAGAUGGCAAAAUAAAAAGUGAUACUAUAACAUUCAGAACUUCUGAAGGAGCACCAAGUGAUCCACCAAAAGAUGUUACAUACAGAAACCUUACUUCCACAUCAAUAAUGCUAUUCUGGUCUCCUCCUCAAAAGCCUAAUGGAAAUGUACUGUACUACUCAGUUUAUUUCAAAAACAACUCAGGAAUAUUCAUACAGAAUUUCACAAGUUAUGGUAAUGACAGCAACGUCAGUGUAGUGCUGGAUGACUUGGCAAAAUACAGCCAUUAUACUUUGUGGUUAACUGCAAGCACAGCAUUUGGAGAUGGAAACAAAACCAGUGAAAAAAUAGAUGUGCAUACAGAUCAGGAUAUCCCAGAAGGUUUUGUUGAAAAUCUGAUCUAUCAAAACAUUUCCUCAUCUUCUGUAAAUGUAAGCUGGCUUCCACCAUCCCAGCCAAAUGGCUUAGUCUUCUUUCAUGUUUCUCUAAGUUUAAUGCAACUGGGAACCAGUAAGAUAUUAUCUUUCCUUACUUACAACACAAACAUAAUUUUUGAUGGUCUGGAGAAAUACACUGAUUACAUUCUGAAAAUCACACCAGCCACUGAUAAAGGAUCUUCUGAACGGCACACUCUGAGUCUUCAUAUAAGAACUGAUGAAGACGUCCCAGAAUCAGCACCUGUAAUGAAAACAUUUUCAAAUCUCUCAACUACCUCAGUUAUGCUUUCAUGGGACCCUCCUGUUAAGCCAAAUGGUAUUAUAAUACAUUAUGAUUUAAAUCUAUUUGGGCCAGAAAGGAAUAGCUCGUUCUCUACCACCAAUAAUUUUAUCAUUUUGGAAGACCUUCUGCCAUUCACAUUGUACAGCAUUUAUGCAGCUGCCAGAACAAUAAAAGGACCUGGUCCAUCUGCUAUGCUUCAGUUCUACACAGAUGAGUCAGUGCCAUUAGCUCCACCCCAGAAUUUGACCAUUAUCAACUACACUGCAGAUUCUGUGUGGCUAAAAUGGGAUCCAAGUCCCCAGUCAAAUGGUGCUAUCAUGAGAUAUAAUUUUAAGAUUUAUCAAAACAACACUGAAGAACUUUUUUUUUGGAACAUUUCAGGUUCAAACCACGAGGCAAACAUUGUUGGAUUAGACCCAUACAGUCCCUAUUUUAUCAGUGUCUCUGCAUUUACCAAGCUUGGGAAUGGCAAUCAGUUCAGUAAUGCUGUCCAGUUUACAACGAUGGAAUCAGUGCCAGAUGCUGUACAGAACAUUCGUUGUAUCGCAACGAGUUGGCAAUCGAUCCUAGUGCAGUGGGACCCUCCUGCUUCAGCCAACGGCAUAAUUACACAUUACACCAUAGCAGUUGAAGGAAAUUCUACAAAUUUUUCGUCUUCUGGUACACUGCAUACUUUUAGAAAUCUGCUUUCCAAUGUCACUUAUCAAAUUAAAAUAAGAGCUGCAACAUCUGCUGGUGAUGGUGAAGAACAGAUAUGCAAUGCCAGUACACUUCCAGAAAAAGUUCCUAGUGCUCCCAGGGAUAUUGUUUUUUCCAAUGUGCAAUCAACAAGUGUGACCUUGCAUUGGAGAGCACCAAAAUCUAUCCUUGGCUACUUUCAAGACUACAAGAUUACCACACAGCUACAAUCCAUCCACUGCAGUGACUGGGAGGCUAUGGAAUGUAUUGAACAUGAGAUGCAUCAGUAUUUGUAUGAAAAUGUCAUGGAUGACUGGAUAGAAGACACAGUGUAUGGACUGAAAAAAUACAGAUGGUACAGAUUUGCUGUUGCUGCCAGUACAAAUGUUGGUUAUGGCAGUUCUUCACCUUGGAUUUCAACUCAAACCCUUCCUGGCUCUCCAGAUGGUCCUCCAGAAAAUGUGACUGUUUUAGCUACAUCUCCUCACAGUAUUAAUGUCAGCUGGAAUGAACCUGCCAUCAUUACAGGACCAACGAGCUACCUCAUAGAUGUUACCUCAGUGGAUAAUGACAACUAUAAAGCUCAGUUUUUGAAGACAAAUGAGGAGGAUAAAAUCUUAGAAAUUUCUGAUUUAAAAGCAUUUACGAGGUAUUCUGUAGUGAUCAUUGCCUUUACAGGGGAUGUUAAUGCUGCACUCCUAGAAGGAAAGCCUAGUUCCCCUAUAAUUGUCUCCACUUUUGAAGCAGUGCCUGAAGACCCACCUAACAACAUAACUUUUCAGAAGAUACCAGAUGAAGUAACAAAAUUCCAAGUAACAUUUGUGCCACCAUCUGAACCAAAUGGAAAUAUUCAAGUGUAUCAAGCUAUGGUUUACAAUGAAGAUGACCCUGCUGCCAUCCAGAUCCACAACCUUAGUGUCAUUGAAAAAAAAGAUCAGUCAGUCACUGCCAUGAUAGAAGGACUAAAAGGAGGACAUACCUACAAUGUCAGCGUGUAUGCAAUUAAUGGUGCCGGUGCAGGGCCAAAAAUUCAAUUGAAAAUAACCAUGGAUAUCAAAGAACCACCAAGGCCAAAAAAGAAACCAGCACCAGUUUAUGAUACCAAUGGAGCAUUACUUGUCACAGCUACAACAAUUACAAUCAGAAUGCCAAUAUGUUACUACAGUGAUGAUCAUGGACCUAUCAAGAAGAUACAAGUUCUUGUUGUGGAAGCUGGAGCUCAACAUGAUGGGAAUGUUACCAAGUGGUAUGAUGCCUACUUCAACAGACCAAGGCCAUAUUUUACAAAUGAAGGCUUUCCAAACCCACCAUGCAUAGAAGGAAAAGAAGAUCUGAGUGGGAAAGAAGAGAUAUAUGUCAUAGGUGCUGAUACUACAUGUCUGAUACCAGGCAGUCAAGACAAAAUAUGUAAUGGCCCACUGAAACCAAGAAGGCAGUACCUAUUUAAGUUCAGAGCAACUAACAUUAAAGGGCAGUUUACAGAUUCUGACUAUUCUGACCCUGUCAAAACAUUGGGUGAAGGACUGACAGGAAGAUCUGUAGAAGUUGUCCUUGCUGUUACUUUGUGUAUGCUUUCAGUUGUUCUUCUGGUGGCUGCAGUAUAUGCUUUUGCAAGAAUUCGGCAAAAGCAAAAAGAGGGAGGCACAUACUCCCCACGAGAUGCUGAAAUUAUUGACACGAAAUUCAAACUGGAUCAGCUGAUCACAGUGGCAGACCUGGAGCUGAAGGAUGAGAGAUUUACACGGUUGCUUAGUUAUAGAAAAUCCAUCAAGCCAGUAAGCAAAAAAUCCUUUCUACAACAUGUUGAAGAGCUUUGCACAAACAACAACCUAAAGUUUCAGGAAGAAUUUUCGGAACUUCCCAAGUUUCUUGAAGACCUUGCUUCAACGGAUGCUGAUCUGCCUUGGAAUAGGUCUAAGAAUCGUUUCCCAAACAUAAAGCCAUAUAAUAACAACAGAGUAAAGCUGAUGCCUGAUGCUGGUAUUCCUGGAUCUGACUACAUUAAUGCCAGCUAUGUGUCUGGCUAUUUAUGUCCAAACGAGUUUAUUGCAACUCAGGGACCAUUACCAGGAACAGUGGGUGAUUUCUGGAGAAUGGUGUGGGAGACAAGAGCUAAAACACUUGUGAUGCUCACACAAUGUUUUGAAAAAGGACGUAUAAGAUGUCAUCAGUACUGGCCAGAAGAUAAUAAACCAGUGACUGUGUUUGGGGAUAUAGUGAUUACUAAAUUGAUGGAAGAUAUUCAAAUAGACUGGACCAUCAGAGACCUAAAAAUUGAAAGGCAUGGAGACUGCAUGAUGGUGCGGCAGUGUAACUUCACUUCUUGGCCAGAACAUGGAGUCCCUGAAACCACUGCACCAAUUAUCCAUUUUGUAAAACUUAUCCGUGCAAGCCGAGCACAUGAUAACACACCAAUGGUGGUGCACUGCAGUGCUGGUGUUGGAAGAACAGGUGUUUAUAUUGCGCUUGACCAUUUAACUCAACAUGUAAAUGACCAUGAUUUUGUGGAUAUCUAUGGACUUGUAGCUGAGCUAAGAAGUGAAAGAAUGUGUAUGGUACAAAACCUGGCACAAUAUAUAUUUUUACAUCAGUGUGUAUUGGAUCUGUUGACAACCAAGGGAAGUAGUCAGCCCUUAUGUUUUGUAAAUUAUUCAGCACUGCAAAAGAUGGACUCUCUGGAUGCCAUGGAAGGUGAUGUGGAGCUUGAAUGGGAAGAAACAACCAUGUAAAUACUGGGAGUAAAUAUUACAGAAAAGGAGAUUUUGAAAAUCAAAGUAAUAUUUUUCUAAGCACAGGGGCCAAAGAGAAUUCCCCUAUUUUGUUGAUUAAAGGAAACACAGAUGAUUGAGACAUCUUUUCUUCUAUCAAUGUGCCUUCAUAAAUAAGUUAAAGUAUUUUACUCAGAACACUGAGCAAUAAUGGUUUGGAGUACUUUUGCACAAACUACACUUCUGGUGUUCUAUAAAUAGUGCAUUCAGUAUGUAUUUAAAGUGUAUUUGAACACAUUCCUUAUUUCCAAACUAUCUUUGUAAAAGAAAAAUGAGCCAAAUAGGAUGUAAAAAAUUAAUAUUUCCAUUGAACCUACUUUGGUGUGAAUUUGCUGUGUUCUGUGUGUUUUGGUUUUAAGUAAAAGCUAAGGUUUCUUUACUCAUUCUUGAUA